AAUGGCUGGAUCAGAUUUUGAUCCUAAAUUUUUCAACGCUACCGAGCUAAACAAUUUCCAAACGAUUUUAACUCGUUUGAGAGCAUUCGAAAAGACGGUUGCGCAUUCGUUUCGUACCCUUGAAAAGAGAGUUGACCAGAUUGAGGAAAACGUUAAAACCAAUAAAAAUAGUUUGUCAGGAACUAAAGGUUCCAUCACAAAAUUAAGAAAUGCUUUAAAAAAUAUGGAAAAUAAUUUUAAGGGAAAUUUAAAUUUAGCUGUAAACCAAGACGAAUCUGAGGAUGAAACUGAAAUAAAUGAGGAGGUUGAUUUAGAUCUUACUUUAGGGGCAGAAAUUAAAAUGGGGGACCCAUUUCUUAAUGGAGGGAGUUUCAUUUCGGGAUAUGACGGGAAUCCAUCCAUUUCUUUUUCUAAAUGGAUAGAAAAAUUUAAGGAUAUCCUGAGCUUAAUAACCACUCCGCUUACGGAAGAACAAAAAUUGGCCCGCUUAAGAUUUUGUUUAAACGGUCAAGCUAGGGCUGUAUAUGAUUCAAUAAACCCUGCUCCGACUAGAUUGGAAGACACGAUUGUAUUUUUAAAGAAUAGAUUUGAAAACGGAAAUACUAAAAUUAUUGCGAGGCAAACUUUAUCGAUUUGUAAACAAGCACCUGGAGAGCCAGUGUUCGAUUUCUCUAAUCGACUAAACGAAGCAGUUAGAACUGCCCUUAGUGGAGAUUCCGAGGAAAGUAUUAAAAAGCGUCUCUUAGAAGAAUUUUUAGAUAGAUUAGUCCCCGAACUACAAUUCCAGGUAAAAUCGCAGAGACCCACAGACUAUGUAGGAGCGUAUGAAUUGGCACAGCAUUUCGAAUUAUUACUGUCUGCCAGAAAGCCUGCUAUAAACAUUUCAAUGUCUGAACUAGCAGAGAAAGUUGACGCACUUAUAGUUUCUAAAAAUAGACCCGACAUUGUUACUUGUUACAGUUGUAGAAAAUCAGGUCAUAUUGCGCGUUAUUGUACAGAAAACCCAAGAAAUAUUAAUGGGAAUAGAAACAGCAAUUACGAUACGAGAGUAAAUUAUGGUCCUCGAAACUUUGAAAAUAGACCAAGGUAUGACAAUAAUGCAAGACCCAAUUAUAAUAGUGGACAUCAAAAUAAUAGUAGAUAUUCAAAUAGACGGGAGGGAAAUAAUUAUAGACAAUAUAAUAAUAGGCAAACAUCAAGUCAAAAUAAUUUCAGGAAUUACGGUAAUUAUCAAAAUCGCCGAGGAAAUUGUAACUCGAGAGAAAAUAGUCGGUCCUCGGAGAGAGGUUCAACUUCACGCGUUCGUUUUGAACGCAGAUCAAGCCCUGGUAUUAAAGCUGUAAGCCCGAUUUUAUUUAUGCUUAUUGCUCUUUUAUCUGUGUUCUGUGGUGCUACUGCUCAAAGCCCUAUGAUUUGUCUAAAUAAUUCACCUACUUCAUUAUGGAAGUUCCCGAAAGAUCCUAUUUGUCCAUCCUGGCAGCCCUCUGAUCGCCUGUACCAUUAAAUUUAUAUGUUUACAGAGCUAAUACAUUGGAAUAUAAAACACCGGCCACUGUUUGUAAAUGCAUUAAAAGUAAAAUUUCUAGGAGAUUAGGUAUUUUUGGAUCC